CGCGAAUACACGCUUCAAGCAGUCGCUUUUAAAACGUGGAACAGAGUGCUUGUUAUUUCGAAAUUUGAAAAUCGAAUUUAUUAUUUUUAAACAUGAAGUUGCUGAUGUCAAUAUCAGCUCUGGUCGUGGUGACGUUCUCAGUCGUUGCGGGUCAACGGCCUUCCUUCGCGGGAUCUCGUCCCAUCGGGUUUCCUGAGACACCGAACAGGACGACUACAACUGUUGAUCCGCUUUCGGACCGUUUCGGCGAAGGAACAACAGAAAGACUGCCAAUCGAAGCGAAUGGGGACAGGGAUCUGAUUGACAGGCUCAGCAAGCUACCUAUAGACAAACAACCGUUUUGGUUCAUCAACUGGCAGGCCCUGGAAGCCCAUAGGAAGAACCCACAGACCUACCCACAAAGACCUAGCUCCUUCGUAGACCCUGUCCCCCUAAAUUCAAACAGAUUUCCAGCACCCUCGUCACAGUCUCUUACAACCCAAAUAACUCCUAUAAAUAGAUUUGGACCUACUACUGCCUCUAACCAAUUCUCAGCUCAAUCUAGUUCACAAUUUAAUUUCAAUAGUCAAAGUAACAACAUUAAUCCUAACGGACAAAUUCGUCCCGAAAGCCAAAAUAAUCCCAAUGUAGUACCUCCCCCUCAAAUCCCUUCCAUAUAUCAAUAUAAUCCUUAUAGUCAAAAUCCUAAUGUGCCAGCACAAAGUUUGCCUAAUGCUUCUGUUCCUGUUAAUCAGAAGAACCAAUUUAUUCCUAUAAGUCAAGUAAAUCCUAAUGUCCAAAUUAAUCCCGUUGGUCAAAAUAGUCAGUUCAAUUUCACUUCAAGCUCUAAUACUGCGGUCAGCAACAAAAAUGGCGUCGUAGAAACAACGCAAAAUUAUAAAUGGAAUUAUUUUACCUCACAUAAUACUCAUACUUCACAUUUCUAUAAGUAUCCCGACUAUUAUGUGCAGACUGAUAAUCCUAAAAGAACUGGAAGUGAUAGCUAUUAAAUAGCAUAGUGUAAGAAAGAGAUAAAUAUAUGUCUCUCAGUACUCGCUUUGUUUGA